AUGCGGGUACUCCUCUCGAAACUUCCGAGACCAUGGAUAGUUGACGAGAAAAAGGACGAUGGCUACACGGCCCUUCAUCUGGCUGCCCUCAACAAUCAUGUCGAAGUUGCUGAACAGCUCGCACGUGCUGGAAAAGCUGACCUGGAUUUGCAAAAUGUCAAUUUGCAGACCGCGCUGCAUCUCGCCGUGGAGCGACAGCACACGCAGAUCGUUCGUCUGCUGGUGCGCGAGGGCGCCAACCUGAACGUCGCCGACAAGGAUGGCGACACGCCUCUCCAUGAAGCGUUGAGAUAUCACACGUUGUCGCAGCUGCGACAGCUGCAGGACGUUCAGGAUGUAGGACGUCUUCUGAUGGGUCUGGGCGCACAGGGCCAGGACAAGAAGAGCAGCUCGUUCAUUGCCUGCUUCCUGGCUGCCCAUGGCGCCGACCUGGAGUUGAAGAACAAGAAGGGACAGACUCCCCUUGACCUCUGUCCUGAUCCGAAUCUCUGCAAAACACUAACUACUUGCCACAAGGACAGAGAAUCACACAGUAUUGAACCGACAGCUCCAUCGGCAACGAUCGACGAGUGUUUGGUUUGCUCGGAUGGGAAACGUGAAAUGCUUUUCAACCCCUGCGGACAUGUUGCUUGUUGCAACACUUGUGCGCCAAGGGUGAAGAAAUGUCUGAUCUGCAGGGAGAACGUUCUGUCGAGAAUGAAGAUUGAAGAAUGUGUUGUGUGCUCGGAUCGGAAGGCAGGAGUACUGUUUCGUCCAUGCGGACAUAUGUGUGCCUGCGAAGGUUGCGCUGCCCUUAUGAAGAAAUGCGUCCAAUGCAGAGCUCAAAUUCAACACAUGGCACCAUUGUCCCUCUGUUGCGGCGGGGGUGGGGACGUUACUUACGUUAAGGGCAUCAAUACUUCAGGUAACAUCUCUGACGUGAAGAAUGAUUCAGAAGAAGAACCGACAACAAGUAAGCAAGCCACCGGAAGCGGGGAACCUCUCAUGAACAACGGAAGCAUCGAUAAAACUCUCAGCGAUAUAGAGAAACUUGAGCAGCAACUACAGGACAUCAAGGAACAGACCAUGUGUCCUGUUUGUUUGGAUCGUUUGAAGAACAUGAUAUUCCUGUGCGGCCACGGAACCUGUCAAAUGUGUGGCGACCGGAUGUCAGAGUGCCCGAUAUGCCGGAAAGCAGUGGAUAGACGUAUUUUGCUUUAUUAA